AUGUGGAAUGACCAAGAUGGCGGCCAGAGUUCAGAGGGUGUGGUGGAAGGUUUCGAACCUGAAGCGGUGGACUCGUGGAGGAACCUUGUUCGUGUACGUUGGCCCAAUGGCGUCCUCAACAGCUACCGCCUAGGUUUCAAAGACCUCACACACAAGGAAGCCACUAGAACAGCAGGGCCCAGCCACGGACCACGGCCGACUUUAGUUCUUCGUCCUCCUGGAACUAGUAGCUUGGCUGUAGAGAAUACUGGAACUGUCAUGGCGAAGGGUGACUCUGGUAGUAACAGUCCAUCUACAGCUAGACCCGGAGCUGACCGACUGGUGGUAGGACCUGGAGAUCACGUGACCAUUGCGGUCGACGAGCAUCAGCUGAAGAUUCUUCAGAAGAACUUCGGUGGCUGUACGUUGAGAAUGAUGAGGAGCAUCGGUAGCAGAGGGGCGGUGACCAGCACAAUGAGCGGAGGAGCUGUUUGUGUGAGGUUCGGACCACAUAAAGCCUUGAGCUACAGGUUCAACCCUGCCGCACUGAUUAAGCUACAGACCUUCAGAGAGAACGACACUGUCCGCGUGAAGUCCAGCAAAGAACUUACUCGACUGUUUAAUAGAGAAAUUGGCUGGACAACAGAAAUGAAUGAGACGCUGGGAAAAGUGGGCCAAGUACGUAAAGUGGACCACGAAGGAAACUUGGUCGUUGAGGUCGAAGGUCAGGUGUUUCGCUAUUCGCCUGCAUGUUGUCUGCACGAGCCUGAGUCAGUAACAUCGCAUUGUGAAGAAACUGUAAGACAGGAAAUGACGUCAAUGAAAAUACGAUCUAGAAUAACAGUGAGGAGUAUAGACUUGUGGGAAGUGGACCGUGAACUAUCGGCGGACAGCGGGGUGGAGAGCAGAGCUCAUGCCAUGCAGACACUCUACCUCGCCAUUGGAGACGAUGACGACACCAGAGUGAAGGAGUUAUGUCAGCUGGAUCCUUACCUGGUACAGUGCGAGUUCACGGAGACGAAGCCCCUUAUCCUGGCCGUACACGAGGGUCGGCGACGGUGCGUCAGGGCGUUGCUGGAGCUGGGAGCAGACGUCAGCGGGUGCGUCAGCAACCACCCGGGCAGGAACCCCAUGUCCGCAGCUAUAGAAGGAGGGCAUGAAGACCUUGUGGAGCUUUUGCUGGAGCUUGGCGCCAACAAGGAGCAUUGGUAUUCGCCUGGGAUAACCGCUAUUCACAUGGCCGUGCACAAGGAUCUACCGGGUGCAGUCAUGGCGCUAGCUAAACAUGGCGCUGAUGUCAAUAAGAAGAAUGUGAUAGGAAGCACAGCCCUCCACAUGGCGAUAGACCUGAGAAAGACUGACAUUGUAGAGGCAUUGUUGUCGUUACCGGAAGUGGAUAUAGAAAUAGAGGAUGGCAACUAUUUCAACGCCCUUCAGCUGGCCUGCUUGAAAAACAUUCCACGGGCGGUGGAACUGAUUCUAGAGCGGAACAAGAGCAUCCUAAACAAGACGACGAAGGGCGGUACAACUGUACUUCAAAUCGCUUCUCACAAUAAUCACGUGGAAUGCGUGCGACUCUUGGUCAUCAAUGUGAGUGGCUGA